AAAUUGAUCACCUUUUCAAGACCCCUUUCUACACAAAUAUUAGGGGAUUUGUGUCAAUCAAAUGCCUGAAACUCAUUGAUGCUGAACUGACAAGAAUGCGAGCCUGCGGCGGUAGAUGCGAUUGCUUAUUGAGAGAGACUCAUGGACUACCUUGCGGUUGUCAACUUGCAGAUUAUGAGAGGAUUCCGUACGAGGCCAUUCAUCCAUUCUGGAAGAGCCUAAGUUGGGAGCAUGUACCUGUUGCAGAUACUGGCAGCUCAGAUAUUUGCGGACUAAACCAUGGAGAGAUGCACCCAGAAGUUGAGGCACUGACACGUUAUUUCCAUUCUUUGGAUACUGGAGGGCAGAGUAUGGUAAGGAGGAAGCUUCAAGCGAUAUAUUGUCCUGAAAGGAGUACACUAUGUACUCCUGAGCUUCGGAUAAAGUCCAACCGCACUCCUAAGUUGAAGGAGAGCAAACAACCCAAGGGUCGAGCAAUAGGAUCCUUGACUCGUGAUCCUUCAGCGUUUGAACUUACUGACAAGAAGAUUAAAGAGGAAAAGAAGUCUUCACAACCAGCAAAGAGGAAGAAGCGUGUGAAGAAGUCUGAUACAAGCCAUUUCAUGUGUAACUUUCCAGCCUUUCUCCAUCCAUAUAUUGGCACAAUUACAGAUGUUGAGGAUGAUGGUAACUGUGGCUAUAGAUCCAUUGCUGCAUUAAUGGGGCAUUCCGCCGGUCAGGACGGUUGGCCUUGGGUUAGGGCUACAUUGAUACAAGAACUUGAGACCAAUGUGUUAAUGUAUAAUAGGAUGUGGGGCACAGAUGUUGUUUAUGGCUUACAUGAUCGUCUCACUCUUCCUAUUGGUGACCCGGCCACCCCUGACAAAUGGUUUCAACUGCCAGAGAUGGGAUACCUUGUUGCCAUAAAGUACCAAUUAGUUCUCGUAUCCUUAUCCUCUAUGGGUUGUAACACGUACUUUCCACUGAUAGGAGCCGGCCCACGAGAUGAGCAUACUGUUAUAGCUAUUGGACAUGUGAUAAAUCACUGGGUACAGCUCCAAUUAACUCCUGGACAUCCUAUGCCGACUAUUGCUCCCCAGUGGGAUUGGCACGCUGAUCUUGCCUCCAAAUACUGGCGCAACCUAUAUGGUCCACGUUUAGGCAUGUAUGAUGCACAAUUCCAAGCUUGGCUUGGUGCUUUUAGUGGUCAUGCGGACUAUGUGGACAUCACCACAGAUUGA